CCAGCAGGGCGGAAGUGACGUGUCCUCUGACCAAAGCCCUCGGUUUGACGAAGGCGAAGCGACGUAGAAGCCGGGGAGGCGGAGGGAGGGAGAGAGUGUGCGGGGGGCCAUAGAGCUCUGGAACCGGAAGUGAGCGCGCCGAGGGGAGGCUGAGGAGGGGCGUCGGCGAGGAACUUUUCUUCGCCAGCUGGGCGAGCGAGAGAGAGGGAGAAGCCGGCGAGCCCAGGAUGGAGUUCAACCACAUCCUCAGGAUGGCCUCGGAGCAGCAGGGGCUCAGCGCCACGCCGAAAAGAUAUAGCUUGGCAGUAGGCCCCCCUAAAAAGGAUCCUAAAGUUAAAGGUGUUCAAUCAGCAGCUGUGAGAGCCUUCCUCAAGCGGCAAGAAGAAGAACAGAAAAACAAGGUUCUUGAGGAAAAAAGAAGAAAAGAAGAGCUUCUAGCUAAGCGUAUUGAAUUGAAACAUGACCGAAAAGCCAGAGCUAUGGCUUCGCGGACAAAGGACAAUUUCUGUGGCUAUAAUGGAAUUCCUAUGGAAGAGAAGCCCAAAAAGAGGCAGGGCCGUGGAAGCAGCUUUGAUAGGAACCCAGAAGAAGCUGAACACAUGACUGGCGAUGAAAUGGAACAGUAUGAAUAUAGUCAGACAGAAUCUGAACAUGAAUUAGAAGAACAUGAAGAAAAACCAGCCAAAGCAUCAGUGAAACCAAAGGCAGCUCUCAAAAGUGCACCUCCAGCAAUGAAUUUUCAUGAUCUUCUGAAACUGGCGGAAAAAAAACAGUAUGAACCAGUUGAAAUUAAAAUAGUGAAAAAAACGGAAGAAAGGCCCAUGACUGCAGAAGAACUAAGAGAGCGGGAAUUCUUAGAACGGAAAAAUCGAAAAGGGGUUGCAGUGAAAGAGAAGAGGGUAGAAAAAGAGAUGAAACCUAUAGUUGCAUCCAGUUCUUCCAAAAAAGAAAUUUUGCACAAGGCUUUAAAAAAUGCUAAACUUGGCAGACAUUCAGCAGAUGAACAUACUGUCUCUAAAGGAAGUCUUCCCUCACACAGUGGUGUUGAUAAGAAACCCAAAGGACCAGAAUUAAUUGAAAAGCAAUCAAAGCUGUCAUCUUCUUCCAAACCUAACCACAUUGAAAAAGCAAAGCCUUCAGCAACUAAGGGGUUUUUAAAAAACCCAAAGAGCAACAGUGAGAGUAAACCUGUAUCCAGUGAGGGGAGGAAAUUGGGGCCUAGUUCCCAUACUCAGGUCUUGAAAAGAACUGCAAAUGGAACUCUCAAACAACCUCCUGCUAAUGAACCUAGUCUGAAAAAAAAGAUUAACCCUACGAAACCAGCUCAUGUGGCUGCUGCCCAGCAUGAAAAUGUGAAAAAUUCCAGUUCCAAGCCAGUAAGCAGCGGUUCAGCCACAGGAGUACCUCUUUCACACGCAAAGGGCAGUUUACGUACAGGGGCAGGGAAGCCAAACAGCAGCUUGCUUACAGGACAUGGGUCAAAAAGUAUGGCUCCUGGGCAAACAGGGAACCGCUCAGGAUUAGGGCAGCUGAGCAGCAGCUCAAAUGUGGCAACUGGCCGGCCAGGCAGCACAUCAGGCACAGGGUUCGGCCGACCCACCAGCACACUGGGUAUGGGGUCUGGCCGGCCAGGCAGCAGUACAGGACCAGGGCGUUCUGCCAGUAAUCAAAGUGUAGGACCUGGCCGGCCAGGUAGCAGCCUGAACACUGGACUGGGAAGAAGUAGCACCUUGGGAUCCGGGCCGGGCCGACCAAGUAGCGCUUCUCUUGGAACUCUAAAACCAAAGUGCACUGUUGUAUCAGAAACAAUCUCUUCUAAAAAUCUGGUCACAAAGCUUGGCAGUGCCCAAAUUAAUGGAAUGAGGCCAUUUCCCCAGCAAAGACCUGGAAUCCCCCCACAAGGCUUUCCAAGGUCUUCUCUUCCACCUAUUACUUACAAAAGGCAAUAUGAAGAUGAUGAAGAUGAAGAAGAUUCUGAAAUGGAGGAUUUCAUUGAUGAUGAAGGGGAACCCCAAGAAGAAAUUUCUAGGCAUAUUAGAGAAAUAUUUGGCUAUGAUCGAAAGAGGUAUAAAGAUGAAAGUGAUUAUGCGUUACGUUACAUGGAAAGCAGCUGGAAAGAGCAGCAAAAGGAAGAGGCUAAGAGCUUGAGACUUGGAAUGCAAGAAGAUUUGGAAGAGCUGAGACGUGAAGAGGAGGAACUAAAACAGAAGAAGCAGGCAAAGAAACUAAGAACACGUUAACCCAUUUGCCACAGCUGAUUUUCCAUUGUUCUUCCUUUCUCCUACAUUAUUCUACUUCUUCCAGAUUUCAGCUACGGUUAUAUUUGGCAUAUGAGAGAGCAACUGUGUAGAGCAUGUAAACCUAGACAUUAUGAGUUGGAUUCAUACUAUUACUCAGCUGGGUUUUGCAGUCAUUGGAGGUCCGUGACUUGGACAGAUGGUUGUUUCCUCACCUCCCACCAGCAGUCCCCAUGAGCACUACCCCUCCUGUUCAGGAAUAGGGGGAGGAAGUGGUUAUGGUGAGGGCUCCAGGGAGAUGGAGGAGUUAGAAAAAAAAAUGGCAUCUCUACUUCCUUCCUCCUUCAGGAAAGCAUAUAUUGAAGCCCAGUUUUCUCACAAAAUGGAGAUCUUCUUUGUAUUGUGGAUGCCAGGAUGCAACUGGUGAUUUCUUGGUUUCCCCAACCCCUAUCUACCUGCCUAGAUUACCUUUUUACAAAAUAAAAAAUGCACUAAUGGAGGAUAUUAGUUGGAAUAAUGGAAAUGAAUGAUACUACUGCCUGGAGUAGUACAAGGAUGCCAGCAGACUACUGACAGACUAUGCACUGGCUUGCAGCAAGUGGGCCUACACAAUAUGCCAGUCUGCAUUCUUAAUUCUUAGUUUUACUUUAAAAUUGAAUAAUGUCCAUAUUAUCUUCUCUUUUCAAAAAAUCAUGUUGUCCCAGGUCAAAAUUUAGAAGUUGUUGGAGUUUUUUUCCUGUUCAGUAAAGCACAGAUUUAAAACAUGUAGCUGAUGUUAUUUUGAAAGCAAUAUUAACAUGUACUGUGAUUUCUGUUUGAAAAAAAAAAUCUGAAAAAGCAAAAAUACCCUGAAAAAUCAAGAUCUUUGAUUGCACAAAUUAGUUGGUGGGUUCUAUCUUCCUGCAAACAGCAACACUAAGCAUGAGGAAAGAGGCAGCCGCUACCUGUUUGACAACAUACAUUUGCUCUUGUCCCCUUGCUAAGCCAUUUUGCUGACUCUAGAUAUUGUUUUUUUCCCCUAUACAAAUGAAACUGUUCUCUUGGGGAAUUGAGAAAAUCUGUCCUAUCUCUCUGUGCUUUAGGUUGAAAUCUCCCUUCAGGUACUGAGAGUUUGACAUUUGAUCUCUUUCUCGGUUGCCAUGCAGCUGUUUCAAUCAUGCAGAAAUUAUUUGAAUAGAAAUGGGACCAAAUUAUGAGGUUGCCUCUUAGAGCCGCCGCAAACUAGCCUCCUGCGGGAGCAAACCUUGCCAGCACGUCCCUGACGUCAUGAGACUGCGCCUCUCUCUCCGCCCCUUUGAAUUCUGCCAACAACGAGAGUACGCUGGCAAUGCUGCCCUAGCAAAGGAAAAACCACUCUGGCACGGAGAAAGAGGCUGAGAAAGGGGCGGGGUGAGAGGCGGAGUCUCAUGACGUCAGGGAUGUGCUGGCAAGGUUUGCUCCCGCAGGAGGCUAGUUUGCGACGGGUCUUAGGCCUCAAUUUCAUUGCCACAAAUAAUUUUAAAACCAUAUGUGAAAGAUGCAAACUUUCUAUUUUGUAUAUUGUUUCUAUGGUUUUGGCUAAACUACAUUUUAAUAAUAUUUCUAGGUAUCCUUAAAAUGUAGUUUCUCCUAUUUUUAGUUUUCUAAUUGCAAAUGAGGUGCUUGUUGUGUAACCUCCAAAGCCUUCCACUGUAUAUUACAACUAGUAUUGGGCUAUUUGUUAUAUACAAUACCAAUUGGAUUGACAUGUCUUGUCUACUUAUGGGCAUAUUUAUAUAAUUCUGUAUACCUGCUUGAUAGAAUUGAUAAAUAGAUUGCUAGAUGAGAAAUAAUUCUUUAUAGCUGAUCUAAGAAUUCAUUUUAAUCUGUUUCUAAACCAUUGGUUAUACACUGCUUUUGAGCUAUGCACUACAAAUUAAAUGUAUCCAUAGUAAAUGUGUUUAUGUAGCAAGAAGUACACAUUCAUUCAGUCCUACAAAAUUGUACUCUGCAAUUUCAGUCCCAGGUUCUAUUUUUAUUCCUACUUAAAUCACUAUGGUGCACAUCCUCCACAUUUUCAGGUUUGACGUUUGAGUAUUUCUGGAUUUAAUUGAAAUGUUAUAUCUAGGACAGUGGUGUACAACCUGUGGCCAUCCAGAAGUUUGGGCCUCCAACCCCCAGAAGCCCUAGCCAGUAAAAUUGUUAUGAAUUCUGGGAGCUGAAGUGCAAAACACCUGGAGGGACCCAGACUGUGCUCCACUCUUCUAGGAAUAUCUAGGUCCUUUGUGAUCCAUUUCUACUGGAAGCUUAUCUCAGUAUCAUAAUGAAAGACCAGGGCAGUGGUUCUCAACCUGUGGGUCCCCAGAUGUUUUGGCCCACAACUCCCAGAAAUCCUAAUAGCUGGUAAACUGGCUGGGAUUUCUGGGAGUUGUAGGCCAAAACACCUGGGGACCCACAGGUUGAGAACCACUGACCUAGAGAUUCAUUGAGAGGUGUUUUCUCAGGUAAACAAUCAAAGUUAUUUUCAUUCAUGGUCCCCCCCCCCCCCAUGUUUACAUCAAUAGAGGUCGUGCACCCACUAACCCCAAUGAAUGUGGAACACUGACUAUAUUUCAAGUAGCUCUUUUAUGAACUUGAUAUUUUUCUCAAACAAUAUAAAUUGAGUUCUAAAAAUGACGGUUGAUGAAGAUUUGGGCACAGUAGCCAAGCAACAGGGUAUUUUGGCAAGGAGUGGCUAAGGAUUGAAUAACUGCUGGUUUUUUUGUUUUGUUUUUUUGUCGUGUCAGGAGCAAGUCGACAGAAGCGACUUGCUCUUAACUGCUGGUAAAAGUAGAUUUGUCAUAAAUAACUGGAAAGCCUGGACUCUGUUUUAAUUAUGUGUCAACACAAGAACUGUUCAGUCAGCAGAGCCAAAAUGUAAACUAUUCAAACUUUUUAAAAUUGCAUAUUCUGAAAUAAAAUAGUUGGGCAUGCUGCUUUCCAAGAGCUCUGAAGUUUACUGUUUUUCCUACUGCUAUUUUUCCAGAGCUAUUUGUAUUAUACUUUUUUCUAUAUAUGCCCAAACUAAUCUGUUUUGAUAUAAUCAUUAUAUAUAUGAACAAGUGUCCUGCACAACAACCAUUUAUCAUUUUUUUCUCAUUCAAAAUGAUGACUGUUGGAAACAUGGCUAAGUUGCUGUUCAUUUUACAGUUCUGAUGUGAAAAAACUAUAGCAUCAGUCCAGAUAAUUGUUUUUAACAAGCCUUGGAACUUGUAAGGAAUUUAUAAUAGUGCCCUAUAUAGGGCAGAAACCCUAUAUAUACAGUAAUCCACAUUUUGGUUUUAAUUGUUUCUUUCAAGUUUAAUUCAAGACUUCAUUCUGAAACACUUCAGUGUUUUUCCAGCAUGGCAGGGAGUUGGACUAGAUGGCCCAUGUGGACUCUUCGAACUCAUUCUAUGAUUCUAUGAGUGUUGCUACUAAUAAUCUAUCACUCAUUAAAAUGUACUCUUCAUAUAGUACUCUGAACCCCUGAGUAAUUUUGCAUUCCAGAGGUAAAGUAUUAUAUUUUCAGAUGGUGUGAUCUUGAAUACUUUCCCUGUUAAUCUUUCGUAUUUCUUUAUCUUACAUAUUAAAAAAUGGCCACUGACUGAUAUCAAUACUUAAACAAAAAUAUUCAAGGUUUCUCCUAAGGUAAAUAAAAUUACAAAGCUAAAAAAGAAGUUAGAGUAUCUCCCUUCCUGAGAUAUCAAACAUUGUUAGCAACUUCAUAGAUAAUUAUGAAAACUAACUUGGGUUGCAUAUUUGUUCAAUGACUAGAUGAUGUGCCUUUUAAAAUAUACUUUACUUAUUUUCAUGACUGUUGAAACAGGGGUAAUUCUGCUGUCAAAUAUGUUGUAUUGAAUAAUGUGAAAUAGGUAGUUUUUCAUAAAGCCCUUCCAAGUUUUGCUUUGCACAAAUACAGUAGUUAGUAUUUAUUGGUAUUACUAAACAAAAAUUAAGGGCACUUUAUAUUUAUCAAAAUGCUUCAUUUUACAAUUGUCUUCUCAGUAUUUUAUUAAGUCUGUACUUAUACUUUUUUACAGAAGUAUCUGUCAGAGACCAGGGCAGCGUGUAUCCAUUAUCAGUGAAUAACUCUGAUUUUUAAAACAGAGCUCUUUCAAAAUCUGUAAAAUUGUAUUUUUAUAUAAGAUCUCAUGUUUAGCUAGUUUAUUUAGUUUUUAUUUGGCCUUUGCUUUCUGUAAUCUUAAUUACCCCUGUAACUAAAUUGUGUUUCUACAUAUAUAGCAAGAGACCAAACACAUUGGAAAGAAAAUGCAGUCUUGAAGAGACUAGUGAAUAAAUUGUGAUGACUAUGUUGGGAUUUUUAUUUAUUUUGUUGAGUCAGUGUGAUACAAUCAAGUGUUAGCGUAUAACAAAGGAUGUUUCUAGAGUCCAUGCUAUGUUUUCGUUAACAUCAUUGUGUUUUACACAAUGUGACAAAUCAGGUAAAAAACUGUUAAGCAUAACCUUUUUUCUGGUGCUUUUGUAUGCUCUCGCAUAUGCACAGUGAAGGCUGAAGGAAGUGAUGUAUAUAAUAAAUUUCUGACAUUAAACAUAUUACUGAAA